AUGAUUCGUAACAAGGAGGGCGAAUCGUGCAGCCUGUGCCGGAUGCUUCGGAGGUCGUUCCUCUUGGUGGCCGUGUCGGCGGUUAUCCCGAUAGUUGGGUUCACAGCGUUGAUCAUGUCGAUGGACUUGGGCGAGAUGGAGCUGACGUACAAGAACGUGAGGAGCGCUUUGGUGGAAUCUGUGGCCGGUCUGCUCCACGUGCAGCUGUUCCUGGCCACCGCGGUGCUGAUCGCCGGCAUGAUGAGGAAGCGUCGUCUGAUGAACUACCGCAAGUGGUACCUAGUCUGCCACGUCGCGAUAAUGACGCUGUCCUUCCUACUCUCGCUCGGUUUGACCCUCGUUAACGAUUCGUACGCGCUGUUCUGCGUGACGGUUCUCGUUGCCGCUUUAUAUUUCUACGUUGUCCAUCGGCUGUUGACUGUGCUGAGAUUUAAAAUGGCUAUG